UGGAGUGCUUGAGGGCACAAAUGCAAGAGUGGACAUACAAUAAUAGAAAGGAGGCACAAAAAUGCACAACAAGGCUGACACCAUCAUCUGAGAAAAAACUCAUAGGGAACUAUGUACAGUCAUUGCGACUAACAGUGAAACCAGCAAACCAGAACCUGUUUGAGGUGAUAGAUGAAGACAGAACAAGAAUAGUAAACUUGAAGGAGAAGACGUGCACAUGCAAUAGAUUUCAAAAAGAUGAAAUGCCAUGUAACCAUGCAGUCGCCGUCAUGAAGGACUUGAACAUAAACACAUACAACUACUGUGCACAAUACUACACAUCAAAAGCAUGGCUGCAAACAUAUGAAGAAACAGUAUACCCAGUUGGAAACGUAAGAGAAUGGGAACUUCCAGAUUUUUUUGAAGAAAUCAUAGUGUUGUCUCCAAAGGAGAGAAUCAAGUCUGGAAGGCCGAGGAAAAGAAGAAUGGCAGCAGCUUGGGAAACAAAGAAACAAAACAAGUGUGGACAAAAGGGACAUAACAAAAAGACCUGCAGAAGAAUUACAGCAUAGAAGUGGAAACAACUACACAUCAACCAAAAAACAACUAUAUUAAAACAUUUAGAAAACACAUACUGCAUAUUACGAUUGGUUGUUACAUACAUUUUUUUAUUGUGAUUUUUUAUGUGGAGAGAUAUUGAUAAUAGGGAAUUGGUAUUAUUAUCAUUAAUAUACAAAAGAACAUCAAAUAUUAUAGUUAAAUAAUUAAAUGAGUGGAAGAAGGUUGAAAUUAAUAAGAAGGAAAAAUAAACUACAUAAAGUGAUUACAAAUGCAAUUUAGUUGUUUGUCAGAUGGUUGUAAUAAGGUUGUUAAUAGUAUGCUGUCAUGACUAAGAGUAAAUAUAAAGAUUAAAAAUCCAAAAAUAUGAACAAAUUAAAAACCAAUUCCAA